UGAUAGGAUGUGGCUGUGAUGGGAUGUGGCCGUGGGCUUUGCUGAUGGAUGCCGGGACAGGACGCGGCUCACAGCCAGAGCUCUCUAAGAUCUCACUGCCAGAGCUCUCUGGGAUCUCACUGCCAGAGCUCUCUGGGAUCUCACUGCCAGAGCUGUCCGGGAUCUCACUGCCAGAGCUGUCCGGGAUCUCACUGCCAGAGCUGUCCGGGAUCUCACUGACAGCUCUCCGGGAUCUCACUGCCAGAGCUCUCCAGGAUCUCACUGACAGCUUUCUGGGAUCUCACUGACAGCUUUCUGGGAUCUCACUGACAGCGCUCUCUGGGUUCUCACUGCUGGAGCUCCCUGGAUCUCGCUGCUGGAGCUCUCUAGAGCUCACUGCCAGGCUCCUUACCCCUCAGGACAGAAUGCAGCUCCAACCACGUUGGUGUACCCUCAAGCCCCUCAAACAAUGAACACGCAGCCUCAGACCCGCUCACCGCCCAGCAGAACAGUGCCAAUACAUUGCACAGAAAACUGGAAGAGGAGGAAGGUUUUGGAACAGAGUCCGGUUUACAGGUCCCUGGCUGGAAGAGGCUGGAUAAAAUACUGCAUUUUUGCAGCGGGGCCUCGACCUGCCCAUCACCAGGGAGGAUUCAGACCUAUACAGUUUUUUCAGAGGCCUCAGAUCCAGCCUCCAAGAGCCACCAUCCAGAACAGCAGCCCCUCCAUCCGUCCUGGAGCGCAGACCCCAACUGCCGUGUACCAAACCAACCAGCACAUCAUGAUGGUGAACCACCUGCCAAUGCCCUACCCAAUGCCUCAGGGCCCCCAGUACUGUAUCCCACAGUAUCGUCACAGCGGCCCCCCGUAUGUCGGGCCGCCCCAGCAAUAUCCUGUGCAGCCACCAGGACCAGGACCCUUUUAUCCAGGCCCAGGUCCUGGAGAAUUCCCCAAUGCCUACGGAACGCCCUUCUACCCCAGCCAGCCCGUGUACCAGUCUGCUCCCAUCAUUGUGCCUACGCAGCAGCAGCAGCCACCGCCUGCCAAGAGAGAGAAGAAAACGAUCCGAAUCCGGGAUCCAAACCAGGGAGGCAAGGACAUAACAGAAGAAAUCAUGUCUGGAGGGGGCAGCAGGAACCCCACCCCCCCCAUCGUCAGACCCACCUCCACCCCAACUCCACCUCAGCAGGUGCCCAGCCAGGUCCCCGAGCCCGUUCCCGCGGCAUUCGGAGCCGUGGAGAGCUCCCACCCCUCUGGCAGCGCCCCCGGCACCGCGGCCCCCGCCUCCAAACAAGAAGAGAAGCCAAAACCAGAUCCAGUAUUAAAACCACCUUCUCCAGUCCUCAGACCAGAACCUACUGGGGAGAAGAAAGAUCAAGCUGGGCAGAUGACCGAGGCCCCCACCUCAGUGGAAACCCCACCAGAAGUUCCUCGUGCUCCGUCACCGGCCCCGGCCGCUCCGGUCGCAGCUGUCCCCACGGCUGCCGUCACCGUGUCCAGCAGACCCCUGCCCGUGGCUGACCCAGAGGACACAUGUGAACUGGCCUCCCCCAAAGAGGAGGCAAUGCCUGCAUCCAGUGCCACACCCUGCACGGAGCCAGCGGCCCCUCCUGCCGCGGAGGAGCCCGGUGCCGCGGUGUGCGCGGAGCCCAGCAGUGCAGUAGCAUCGCCCGGUGACGCCCCGGCGGCGGCCGGGCCCGGUGUCAGUAACAGCGCGAGCGGCGCCAGGGACGCGGGGGCCGCGGCCGAGCCCGGGGCAGAGGUGGCCCUGGCGGAAGCUGCGCCGUUGACUGUGGAGUCGGAGCCCCCCGAGGCUCCCCCAGCAGAGGUGGAAAGCGUGCCAUCAUCUCCCAGUGCUCCUCACGCUGCUCCCUCUCCUCCUCCCACCCCGCCUCCCACCCCGCCGCCCCCAUCUCCUCCGGUUUCUGUUGCUGCUGUUACCACUACAACUCCUUCUCCACCUCCUCUCCCAUCUCCGAGUGCCCUCCCUGUUGUCCAGGGAGAUUUAGAAGGAGAGGAGAGCACAAGAACUACUCUUAGCGAAGAGGUAAAAGAUACUGAAAAGAAGGAAGAGACAGAAGCAGAUGGGCAACUGGAGGAGAGCAGGGAGGCUCUGAGUGUGAACUCGAGGAAGAGUCCUGUCCCAGCCCAAACCGCUGUAACUGCACCAAAGACCUGGAAGAAACCAAAAGACCGGACCCAAGCCACUGAGGAGGUGACGGAGGCAGAAACAGAGCCGAAGGAGGAGGGGGAACCUUCAGGGGACAAAGUACUUGAAUCCGACCAGGAGAAAAUGAGCCAUGGGCUUCAACUGGAGAGGGAACCCUUGGAGCUCAAACCAGUGAAACCUGUGGAAGAGAAUGGGGAGCAGGAGGCAGAGCUGGUGCGGAACGGUGCUGAGAGCGUCUCGGAGGGAGAAGGCACCGACGCCAACUCUGGUUGCACGGAGAGCUCCGGAGAGGGGCCUGUGUACCAGUACAAACCAGAGCAGUGGAAGCCCCUGGACCCGGAGGGGAAGAAGCAGUAUGACCGGGAAUUCCUGCUGGAUAUCCAGUUCAUGCCUGCCUGUAUCCAGAAGCCCGAGGGUCUGCCUCCCAUCAGCGACGUGGUGCUCGACAAGGUGAGAGGAGAGCCCAUAAAACAGAUCAAUCAGCCAAAAUUGCCACUGAGGACUCUGGACCCCCGGAUCCUGCCACGAGGCCCCGACUUCACACCGGCCUUUGCUGAUUUUGGGAGGCAAGCCCCCGGGGGAAGAAACGUGUCUGGAAGUGCCUGCAAAGUGCAGAGCACCCCUGGAUUGCCCUCCCUGGCUCGGUGCGGGCCCCCAGCAUGCCCUCUCUUGGUCUCGCCUCACCCACCAUUGAGGAACCUGCCGAUAGGGUUGUUGAAUGUUGGACCGAGGAGAUCUCAGCCGGGCCAGAGGAGGGAGCCCAGGAAGAUCAUCACUGUGUGUGUGAAGGAGGAUGUGCACCUGAAGAAGGCGGAGAACGCCUGGAAGCCGAGCCUGAAGAGGGAAAACCAAACGGAGGACCCCGAAAACGUCAAAACCCAGGAGCUGUUCCGCAAGGUACGAAGCAUCUUGAACAAGCUGACGCCCCAGAUGUUCAACCAGCUCAUGAAGCAGGUGACAGACCUGACGGUGGACACAGAGGAGAGGCUGAAGGGAGUCAUCGACCUGGUCUUCGAGAAGGCCAUCGACGAGCCCAGCUUCUCGGUGGCGUACGCCAACAUGUGCCGGUGCCUGGUGACGCUGAAAGUGCCCAUGGCAGACAAACCUGGGAGCACAGUAAAUUUCCGUAAGUUGCUGUUAAAUCGCUGCCAGAAGGAAUUUGAAAAGGACAAGGCUGACGACGAUGUCUUUGAAAAGAAGCAGAAAGAACUCGAAGCUGCCACCACUCCAGAGGAGAAGACGCGGCUCCACGAUGAGCUGGAAGAGGCCAAGGACAAAGCCCGGCGGAGAUCCAUUGGGAAUAUAAAAUUCAUCGGUGAGCUUUUCAAGCUGAAGAUGCUGACGGAGGCCAUCAUGCACGACUGCGUGGUGAAGCUGCUGAAAAACCACGACGAGGAGUCCCUCGAGUGCCUUUGCCGCCUGCUCACAACCAUUGGCAAGGACCUGGACUUUGAGAAGGCAAAGCCCCGCAUGGACCAGUAUUUUAAUCAGAUGGAGAAGAUUGUGAAAGAGAGGAAAACCUCCUCAAGGAUUCGAUUCAUGCUUCAGGAUGUAAUAGACCUAAGGCUGUGCAACUGGGUGUCACGGAGAGCAGACCAGGGCCCCAAGACCAUCGAGCAGAUCCAUAAAGAAGCCAAGAUUGAAGAGCAGGAAGAACAGAGGAAGGUGCAACAACUCAUGACCAAAGACAAGAGGAGACCAGGUGUCCCACGGGUCGACGAAGGCGGCUGGAACACUGUGCAGGGGGCAAAGAACAGCAGAGUGCUGGACCCCACCAAGUUCCUUAAAAUCACCAAGCCCACAAUAGAUGAGAAGAUUCAGCUCGUGCCUAAAGCCCAGUUGGGCAGCUGGGGGAAGGGCAGCAGUGGUGGAGCCAAGGCAAGCGAGAUGGACUCCUUGCGACCAAGUGCCACAAGUCUGAACAGAUUUUCUGCCCUGCAGCCUCCAGUCUCCCCAGUAUCUGCCUCAUCUGCAUCUUCAGAACUAGAAUCUCGCAGGGCCUUAACGAGUCGCGGGAGCACAGGCAGGGAGAAGAACGACAAACCUCUGCCACCGUCCCUGUCCCGGCCUAACACCUUCCUCCGGGGCAGCAGCAGCAAGGAGCUGCUGCUGGACAACCAGGCCCAGGAGGAGCAGCGCAGGGAGAUGCUGGAGACGGUGAAGCAGCUGACAGGAGGCAUGGAGAUGGACAGGAACAGCACUGAGGCCGAGAGGAACAAAGCCAAGGAAUCUGCCAAGCCAGAAGCUCCCCCAGUUCCAGUGCAAGAAAAGCCUUCGCUAUCAGAAGAGGAAAUAGAGAGAAAAUGCAAAUCUAUCAUUGAUGAGUUCUUGCAUAUUAAUGAUUUUAAGGAGGCCAUGCAGUGCGUGGAGGAGCUGAGUGCCCAGAACCUGCUGCCCGUGUUUGUGCGCGUGGGAGUGGAGUCAACGCUGGAGCGGAGUCAGAUCACCAGAGAUCACAUGGGCCAGUUGUUACAUCAGCUGGUGCAGUCGGGAAAGCUGAGCAAGCAGGAUUUCUUCAAGGGCUUUUCCGAGACCUUGGAGCUGGCAGAUGACAUGGCCAUAGAUAUACCCCAUAUCUGGUUGUACCUGGCUGAGUUGGUGACCCCCAUGUUAAAAGAAGGAGGAAUCUCUAUGAGAGAACUUAUACAAGAAUUUAGCAAACCCUUGCUUCCUGUGGGAAGAGCCGGCGUCUUGCUUGCUGAAAUCUUGCACCUUCUAUGCAAACAAAUGAGCCAUAAGAAAGUGGGAGCCUUGUGGAGGGAGUCUGGCCUCAGUUGGAAGGACUACUUGCCCGAAGGGGAGGAUGUACAUACCUUUCUCAUGGAACAAAAGUUGGAGUUCGCGGAGUCCAACUGUUCCAGUUCCUCAGAAGCACUUUCAGAGAAAGAACUCUCUGCGGAAGAGCUGAACAAGCAGCUGGAAAAACUCAUUGUUGAGGACAAGGCGAAUGAUGAACAAAUCUUUGAUUGGGUAGAGGCUAAUCUAGAUGAAAGCCAGAUGAGUUCACCUACAUUCCUUAGAGCUUUAAUGACAUCAGUUUGUAAAGCAGCUAUUAUAGCGGACUCUUCCAGCUUCCGAGUGGACACUGCUGUUAUCAAACAGAGAGUGCCCAUCCUACUCAAGUACCUGGACUCAGACACAGAGAAGGAACUGCAAGCACUUUAUGCACUACAAGCAUCAAUAGUAAAACUUGAUCAACCUCCUAAUUUGUUGCGGAUGUUUUUUGAUUGCCUGUAUGACGAGGAGGUCAUUUCAGAGGAUGCCUUCUACAAGUGGGAAAGCAGCAAGGACCCAGCGGAGCAGAACGGGAAAGGAGUAGCGCUAAAAUCUGUCACGGCGUUCUUCACGUGGCUACGGGAGGCCGAAGAGGAGUCAGAGGAUAAUUAAAACUUAAAAUACAGAUUACAAACAAACAAACAAAAAAGAAACAAUUUAAGUAUUUUUUUAAAAAGUUUCAUGUCUUCGCCAAUCACAGUGCAGCAAGGCCAGUUCUCUCUCGCAGACCCCCCUUGCCCCACACACGCACGAGUGGGAGAGGUAAAACCCGAUAAACACCGAGGUGAUCAUGGAGGCAAAAAGGUACUUGAAAAAAACCCACAAAAGUAAACUUCAAACCUGAGGGCGGGAGCACUAAACCAAAAUACCUGUAUUAUUUAUAGAAAAUAUUCUCUGUUUUAAUCUUUUUCUUUUCUUUUUAAACAAGGACUCAUACUUAGGAAAACACACAGCAAAACAAAUCUGUUUAGCAAGAACAAAAACAAGUUGAAAACUUUUAAUUUAUUAUUUUAAGGACUGCAAAUGCCAGUGUAAUUUUUAAAUUUGCAGUUUCUGUAAACAAAUUGUAUAAUAGAACAAAAGCAGAGAAAUAAAUUUCCCUCCCCUUCAUAAGCACCUCAGUUUUGUUUCAAAGCAUGAUAAAUAGACAAAACUUUGAAGGGGGUUGGGGUGAGCUAGAUGAGGACAAGAUAAUUUUUUUUUAUUGUCAUCAGAUUUUUCUGCCUGCCUCUCAGCUUGCUUCUGAAAUUUAAAAAGAAAAUAGUAAUCAAACCAUACGUAACCUUGGAUCAGAAGGAAAUGCAUUUGAGAAAACCGCUGCGGACCAGAGUGCUCCGAAAAUAACUCAUUGAAAACCGUGCUACCCCGGGGAAAAAAGUACUAGUGAUACUUUGAGAACCUUUAGAGCAACUUUAAGGCUUGUAAAUACAUAGAACAAAUAUUUAAAAAAAAAAAAAAAAAGAAAAAAAGAAAUUGACUCAAUACUAUUCUUUUCACUUUCAAAAUAUAAAGAACAAAAUAAAGACAAACAUUGCAAGUUUAAAAGAAAGUAAAACGACUUCUCCUUUGACAGCUGCUGAAUGUGUGCACCAUCCUGAGCGGUGCUGGCUUUCUUGGUGUGCCGUAGGUCCUCGGGCCCAAAUUGUGUACAUAUAGUGUGUGUCUGUAUGUGUGACUACCAAAAAUGAAGGGUGAAAGCAAUUGUUGUUUUAAAAAAAAAAGGAAAAAAGGGGUUGCUGUUGUGCUGAGAGAACUCCCUGGCCAGGGAGCAGCCGGUGGCUGCGGGGCCACGUAGGUGCGGUUGGUUCCUGAGGCUGGGACGUGACCUCGGGGCAGACGGUGCCCGAUCCCAGCUGGGUUUCUCCAGCCAUGUGGCAGCCGUGUCUCUCGUGCGACUUGGAUCAGUGGCGUCAUCCCGGUGACCCUGGGAGCUCCAGAGAUCGCAGCAGUGUGAGCCGAGAUCCGACAGCCGUGCGCCCGUGGCCGCCGCCCUUCGCCCGCUGUGCCUGCGCAGCCAGACAGGGGAACCCAGCGCCAGGGAACGGGUGGAGGAGCGACGGGUGCUCGCCCGGCCCAGCCCACCCAGGUCCACGUCCACGGUGCCAGCACGGCCGGGGACAGAACCACAGCCAUGGGAGCCCUUUCCCGUGUGCCCAGCGGGACCCAGGCCCCAGUGCUGCUCCAAACCGAGCUGCUGCUGAGGACGGGAAGGCCCUCAUGCGUCUCUCUGCAGCCACCAAAGAUGACCUGCUGGCUCUCAUUGUGAGAAGCACCUGCCAUCAAGGACUCUGCAAAGCUGGGGAAGCCCUGAAAUGUGGUUUGUGAACUGUGGGCCAUGGACCGUGAGUAACCCGUGGAGCAUUUGUUGGGGGUCUCUGCAGCACUGGCUGCUCACAUGAUGCUUUUUCUCUCCAGCUGCUAAAUCACUUCUUUUAAAAAAAAAAAAAAAUACAAAACACCCCAACAACAACAAAAAAAAACAAAGAAGGGAAGAAAGGCUACAAAUACAUUAAAUACUUUUCUAGUCUUACUUUUACAUGUAAACAAUUGCUGUACUUGCCUAAGGAUGUGAUUUGAUCACCACGGGGAAGGGAGGAGGUGCCUGGCUGUGGCCAGAGGGGAGAUGUCCAUGAGACACUUUCCCUGUUAAUGUGUUCCACGCCAUGAAUCUGAGCUAGAGAAUCCAUGGCCUAAAACACUAGAGCAUUGUUUGGUUAUUUUUUUUUUAGUAACAAUAAAACACUUUUCUCUGAUGUUUUGUUAAAAAAAAAGGAAAAAAAGAAAAAAUAUUCUCACCGUUAAUGUAUGUUCAUGUAUCUGCGUGUACCACAUCCAGUGAUGCCUCGGCCUCGCCGUUGGGCCCAGAGGUUUGGAUGGGCUCUCAAGGUCUCCAAAAGGUCUCUCCCCACGGAACCCCCACCCACCAGGGCUCCAGCAGUGUCUGUUAAACCUCUGCAGAAGGUCGUGUGGGUGCUCUUCUUCCAAAAGGCUUUUUUUGAGUGGAACAUGGUGGUUUGUAGUCGUUAAAUAGUUCAAUUAAAUGGAUGCAAGUUUGUAUGUAAAUAAGGGUAAAUAUUUGCCAAAUCAGUGUGGGCAAAUGAUGGAAUUCCUCUCAGGGUGGGCAGUGUCAGAGGCCGCAGGGAACAUGAGUGUGCAACAGCAGAGCUGUGCAAGGAGUGAUUCCUCUGAUGCCUUGGAUCAGAAAGGAUGAACUUGCUGUAGAGCCUUUUAACAGCCCUGUGAAUCCAGUGUGUCAGGGCUGGGAAAUCUGUCUGGGGAGCUUAAACCUUCUGGCUGAAAGAGUUGGAAAACCACUGGCUGAGGGAAUGGGAAUGGCCGGCAGGUGGGUAGAGGUGAGGUGAGAAAGUCUUUCCCCCUUUUGUUAGAGCCUUUUAUGUUAGAUAUUCGAGGGGGUGAGAACUUGCCCUAUUAGUGUCCUGCAGAGGCCAGGAAGGGACUUCUCAGAGAUUUUCAGGAGGGGUUUUUCAGAAUUGUCCAAAGUUGGGUUUGCAGCAUAGCAAGUUUUGGCUGCUCUGAAGUUAAAUCAGUUCAGCUGCACUCUGGAUGCUGUGAGCAGUUUAUGCACAAGGCCUUGACGUCUCCAGCUGUGGGUGUGUCACCUGAAGUUACAGCUUCCCAACAAUCACUGCAAGGAGCAGGACUCCUGACUCCUUCCUCUGCUCCUCUUGUGUUCUUUGCCAUGUACUUACUGCCCCCAGUUGCUUUCCAGUUUCCUUGUAGAUCAGCACAGAUUUGCAAGUGGUUGUGGCUCCUCAGGAUGCGGCUCAUGAAAGAUCUUUGUAACCACUUUCCUGUGACGGUGUUAAAAUACAGUACUGUAAGAUACAUGAAAUAGAAAAGGGAAUUUUUAAUUAAAACAGGUUCCCAUGGGAA